AGAUACUCCUCCAUCCUCACCAGUGCCAGGGUUGCAAAGGUUGGGCUGGGGAUGUUCUGCUGCUCUCUGAUGCUGAUCCCGCUCCUCUGCCUGCUCACCCAACUGCGGCUCUGCAGGUCCCACAGGCUGUCCCACUCCUACUGCCUGCACCAGGACAAGAUACGGCUGGUGUGCACAGACUCCACCCUGAACAACCUCUACAGCCUAACCCUGGUGCUGUUCGUGAUCGUAGACUCUGUGCUCAUCACCUUGUCCUUCCCCAUGGUCAUUCAGGCUGUGGUGGGCACCACCUCCCGAGAGGAGCAGAGCAAAGCCCUCAGCGCUUGUGUCCCUCACUUCUGCGCUCUCUUCAUCUUCUACGGCCCCAUGGUCAGCCUGUCCCUUGUACACGAGCACGGGAAUCAUGCUGCACCCUUCAGCCACCCGCCUAUCACCACCGUCUACCUUUUUGCCCCGUCUUUGUUGAACCCCGUCAUCCAGAGCAUGCAAAGCAAGCCCAUUUGCAAAGGCCUUCUCAGGCUCCUGUGUCAAAGACUGGCCUGGUCAUGGCCAGCAGCCCAGGAGUUAUUGAGAAGUGGGAAGCUCGCCUACAUGAAAUGCCCGUGA